AUGAUCAUCUUCUUCCUGCGUCUCUGCUACUUGGCUCUCCUGUUGUAUGCCCUACUUUUAUGGCAGGACAACGAGCAGCAGGAAAUGGACGCCACGAAGAACAGUGAUGUGCAGCAGCAACAGCAGCAGAAUCCGCAUUUGUCCGCCUGGCUGAACAGCGAGGCAUGUCCCUUCGGCUUUCAGGGCGGUGAUUGGUUACUUCCGCGGCUUAUGGUUAUUUAA